CUCAUAUACCCGUCAGGUAGUGACUUGGUUUUCUUCAUUAAGUAAUUGUCGUAGGAGACGUUCAGUGCCAAUUAUUAUUACAGACGAUCUUCGUUGACAAUUUAAGUGAAUGAGAUAGAAAAAAAACAUUUUAAGACGGGGAAUUUAUAUGUGAUGAAGGAUUUGUAAAUUUCAAAUAAACAUAUAAUUAUACGGAAUAACUCACACUGGUAUCGCACACUACAAAACAAUUUAACAAAUUUUAGUCUGCAGAAAAUAAUAGUAUGUCACAGCCACUCACAUUGCCACCUUGUCGAGUGUGUGGAGGAACAGCCACAGGAAUUCAUUAUGGUGUCAAUACAUGCGAGGCAUGCAAGGCAUUUUUCCGAAGGUCUUUGGUAGAAAACAACAAGUAUGUCUGCCCAAGAGAUGGUGACUGUAAGAUUAUCAACCAUAAAAGAGCCAACUGUUCUGCCUGUAGACUAAAAAAAUGUCUGGAGUUGGGAAUGUCCAAAAAAGCUGUGCGUCAUGGUCGAUAUACCGUUGCCAUUAGAACCAAGACUAUUUUAGAAGUGAAACAACUUGAGAGGGAAAAAGCAUUAAAUGAUACCUUUGCUAUGGCUGAUUCAGUGGCUACAAAGUUACCAGAAAUUAUAUCAGUGCCCGAAAAUGAUAUAGUUCCAGAUUCCUCUGUGCAUGAUGACAUUCUCUCCUUCCUGGUAGAAAGUUCCUCAAUGGAGAGUACACAAUUCACAUCAAAUGACACUUUACAAUCAUCAGUUAUAGGCAGUAGCAUGCUAUCUGUUGGUGAUUCUUUUCAUUCUUCCAGUAAUUCAUUACAGUCUGCCAUUGAAGACAAUCAUGGAAACAUGACAUCACUAGAGCCAUCAUCUUUGUUUACAUCAAUUGAAAAUACGAUCGACUUUGAUAUGUUCACAAACCCGAAUGACAUUGACAUUCUAAACUCAACUGACCAUGAAAUUGAAAAUAUUGAAAUAUCUGGAUUAGACAUGUUCUUAAAUGGGCAAAACGUGAACACAUCAGAUAAAAUAGAUUUCUUGGAAUUGAAUCCAGAUGAAUUGAUAGAUCUGACUCAAGAGCUAGUUGACGUUUUCCCUCCCCAGACAACAAUCAGUACUGUAGUACCACAACAACAAAGUCCCCUGAGCAUAGUUAGUAGUCCCUACAGUGUGCAACAGUAUAGUCCAGAUACUACCACAUUAGACGAGAGUAUGUCGUCACAGUUUGGAUCUCAAAGUACAUCAUUCAUUGAAUUAGUGUCGAAUACAGGUAGUUUACCAUCAAGGAAGAAUACACGUUUAUCAAUUGAGCUAGAGGAUAAUACCAUGUCACCUCGUCCACAAAAGAAGCUAAGAGCUUCAUUCAACUUAGCAGAUGACAUGGAACAAUUACAAUUGAUAAAUAUCAUGGUUUCUGCACAAGAAAUAUUAUAUCCUGGAAUGAGGAAACAUUUUCAGAAAGAGUACACAGCCGUCAUUCACCGGGAAUUCUGGGAGAAAACACAGUUACAAAAUGAACUAUUUGGUCAAUUGAAGAGCCUCUCAUCAACUGAAUACAAUAACUUUUUCAUGGUGACUGGUAUUGAUCUUGAUGGACGUAUUGGCUUGUUCACUAAGUGUGCAGAAUCUAUGCAGAAAGAACUCGUCAAAUAUAUUUCCUUUGUCAAGUCAAUACCUGGCUGGGAAGAUGUUCAUAACAAUGAUAAACUCACACUUAUCAAAGCUGCUAGAUUUGAGUAUUGGCUACUUGGAAAGUUCGUGAAUAAUAAUCCUGAUAUGAAGAUUUCAGCUGAUGAAAAUAGUGGACUCACUCACAAACAGAUUGAACAAAUGUGGGGAAGUCCUGAAAACAUUGAUGCUAUUAGUAACUUUACAAGGAAGCUAAAGAAACUUGAUUUGUCAUUUGAAGAGAUUGCUUUGCUUAGAGGAGUAGUAGUUCUGUCUAGAGAUCGGUGCUCUCUUCGUGAACCAGAAGUCGUAGAGAAACUUCAAUGGAAAAUUUUACAGUCAUUUAUUCACCUCGUUAAAACGACACAUCCAAAUGAACAGUUGAGGUUUGCUCGUUGUAUGGACAAACUAACACAACUGAGGGAACUUACAGAAAUUAACUACAAAACAAACAAAAACCUAGAGAACUUCCAAAAGUCUAUGAUUCAAAAUUAUCCAUUGUUGUAUGAAUGUGUUACAUAUGAGGGAUAACAGCUGACCGCACUAUACGAGGCAAGAAUUCUCGAUUUUAAAGUAUUGGUGGACAUUUGGAUUCAGAUAAAUGAUGAUAAUUCACGUUUCGAGAUGUCAGCUUUAGCUUCAGCUUUUAGUGCUUAAUAAUUUUAUUCUAAUUCAUUAAAACAUGUAUGUUCUUUUAUGAUGUUUUUUGUUUUGUUUACAGGUAGUGUUUCAUGAUAGCCUUUUCUGUUCCUAUCAUAAGAGAAUGUUCAUAGUCAAAUGAACCUAAACGUGUGAACGUCCUUAGGUCAUGGGGAAUACGUGUAAGCAAAGUCGAUUACAGUGCAAAAUACAGUACAACAGCUAGAAAUUGUUAUCUAAAUAUCAGGAAAAAUAUAAAAAAAAUAAUAUUUUUGUUUGCUUUUAAACAAAUGGCCAAUAGGGUACAUAAUAUGAUAUAUUUCUUUAUAAAUGAGUGUGUCGACUGUUACGAGUGACUUAAUUCCAAAUUUUUGUGGCACAUAAAGUUUAAAUCUAGAGACAAUUUGAAUUUUUAAAAUAGAAAAUGUCUCUGUGACCUGCUUUAUCCCCAGAAUGCUGUGUAAAUACCAAUGACAUUGAAACUGUCAUAUAUAUAUUCUCCAAAUAUAUCAUUUGUAAACGAAUUUGAUUCCAGUUAAGAAUAAGAAUUUCAUAUGAAGAAGUUUUCCUUCAUUUUCACAUUCACCAAUCUCACAAAAAAGAAGGGUAAUAAAUAUAUACAAUUUAUUUUUUUUCAAUUUAGAUACGUUAUAUAUAGUCUUAAGAUAGAAAUUGUAAUAUUGGAGCUUGGUUCUAUUUUACAUAUAUAUUUCUUCAGAUUCAUUGUACAAAGCCAAUAGUGUGUCUUAAAUGCGUGUUGGUUUGUUGUUGAUUUCUCUUUCUUUUUCAAAAUUGAAUGAUUUCAAAUGUAGUAUAAGUCAAUUUGUGUUUUUAUAGAACAAAGUAUGUACACUGUUUUUGUUGUAUAUUGCAAUCAAAAGUUGUUUUUGUAUUUUUGUGUUUUGUUUUGUUAAUAAAAAUGACCAUUAUUAUUGUA